AUGAGGGAGCAUGUGACGAUGGUUACAGAUCCAAACAACAUUGGCGACCCGUUUGCUAGUCGCGCCUGGGGCGUGGAUCCCGAGGACUACAGCCGCUUGGCUCCUGUUGGUUGUAAGGGCGAGCUUCUAUUAUCAGGUCCAACACUUGCUUGCCGCUAUUUAAACGAUGACGAAGUAGCCAACCAGCAUUCAUCAGUGGAAGUACAUUCUCGUGGGCAUUACCUGGCGAAAGUCGAUUUUAUGCCACGGGAGAUAUUGUGA